AUGACCAUCACCAACAUUCCUGAAGCCGAGUUGCAAGCCUUGAAGACCCGUUACGAGCAAGCUGGUCAAGGUCACGUCUUCCAUUUCUUUGAUCAAUUAUCAGUGGAUGAACAACAUGCCUUGUAUGAACAACUCUCUGGUUUGGAUGUGGAUCGCGUAAACCAAAUCUAUACCAAGGCUAUUGCUGGUGCUGAGGCCGAGAGCCAAAGCCAAGAAGCUUCUGUUGAACCUUUGCCUGAAGAUGUUUUCGAUUCCACCGUCAAGGCUUCUCCAGAAACCAUCAGUGAAUGGCAAACCAUUGGUUUGACACAAAUCGCUCAAGGCAAGGUGGCUGUCAUCUUGAUGGCUGGUGGUCAAGGUACUCGUCUUGGAUCCAGUGCACCCAAGGGUUGCUACAACAUCAACCUUCCUUCCACCAAGACUCUUUUCCAAUUGCAAGCUGAACGCAUCUUGCGUCUUCAAGACAUUGCUCGUCAAUAUCGCAAGCCUACCGAUUCCAGUGAAGGCAUCAUCCCUUGGUACAUCAUGACUUCAGGUCCCACCCAUGAAGCCACCUAUCAAUUCUUUAAGGAACAUUCAUUCUUUGGUCUUAAGGAGGAAAACGUCAUCUUUUUCCAACAAGGUACUCUUCCUUGCUUGACUAUGGAUGGUAAAAUUAUUCUUGAGUCUAAGAACAAGGUCGCCAUUGCACCCGAUGGUAACGGUGGUAUUUAUGCUGCUGUACAAAACACUGGUGUGAUCCAGUCACUCAAGGAACGUGGUGUAUUGUACACCCACUGCUACUGUGUCGAUAACUGCCUCGCACGUGUUGCUGAUCCCGUUUUCAUCGGCUACUGUGUUAGCAAGAACACUGAUUGUGGUGUCAAGACCGCUGCAAAGUCGGCCCCUGAGGAACCUGUCGGUGUUGUUUGCAAGCGUGAUGGUCGUUAUGGUGUCGUCGAAUACUCUGAAAUCUCCAAGGAAGUCUCCGAGAAGCGUAAUGAGGAUGGCUCUUUGACCUUUGGUGCUGCCAACAUUGCCAACCACUUUUUCUCUACCGCUUUCCUUGAACGCGUGCCUACCUUUGCAUCCGAACUUCAAUACCACAUUGCCAAGAAGAAGAUCAAAUACGUUGACUUGGAGACUGGUGAACAAAUUGCCCCCAAGAGCAACAGUGGCAUGAAGCUUGAAUGCUUUGUGUUUGAUGUAUUCCCUUAUGCUGAGCAAUUCUCUGUUCUCGGUGUUGACCGUAAGGAAGAAUUCUCCCCUCUUAAGAAUGCUCCUGGCACUGGUGCUGAUUGCCCUGAGACCUCUCGCCGUGAUAUCAUUGCUCAACAUGUUCGCUUCGUUGAGGCUGCUGGUGGUAAGGUUGUUGGUGAGAACGCCGAUGACUUUGAGAAGCUUCAAUUUGAAAUCUCCCCUUGGGUCUCGUAUGCUGGUGAAGGUCUUAAGGAAAUUGUUGAUGGCAAGACUAUUCAAGCACCUGCUAUCAUUGAAACCCGAGAGGAUCUUAUCCGUGCUAUCAACCACUAA